GGAAGACAAUGUUAUACCACAGGGAAUGUACCCAGCACUGGUGGUCAGUCUCUUAAAGGAAGGGUUUAAGAUGUUAGAAGGACAGAUACCUUAUCGUAAUGCCAUCAAGCUACAAUCAACAGAUUUAGGAGUUAACAUUCUACUGGUAGAUACCAUCCAGUGGUUGGAGAUACAUUGUGAUGGACCUGCUGGUCCAGUACAGGAUGCAUGUCCAAAGCUAAGACUCUUAGUCCAUGGAUCCAUACAGUCUGUCUCCAGCAAGUUCUCCUACAGUAGCAAUACAUUAGAGGGAACUCUUUGCCAGACCUGUGGAGCUGGUGUAUGCCGUCGUAACAAAGCUGGAACUAGUAUAACAUGCACUAAUGGUGGCUGCAGUAAAGCAAGGGAAAUAGGACCACGUCAAUCCUGCUGGUUUAAAAACACAGCUCCAAUGCCUUCAUCAGUUUUUCCUAUUGACAGUAUAUUACCAGAAGCUUCUGUAUUAAAUGAGUCUCAUGCUCCUGUUAUACUGAAAGCUAUCAAUAAGAUAGUCAAUGAAUGGGAAAAUCUAGGAAUAUUUCUUGGUUUGGAAAAUGAAGAAUUGAAGCUAAUUCAUUCGAAGAGUUUCUAUCAAAUAGAUGUAUCACGUAAAGACAUGAUAAUUCUCUGGUUAAAGACUGGUACUGCUACAAGGGAAAAGCUGAUUAAAGCACUCCAGGAAUUGGGAAGAAAUGAUAUUGCUGCCGAAGUAAAGCGUCUUCCUAAGCAAUAACAAUAAAAUCAUGAGUACUAUUUCUUACUUCUACUUUCUCUUAUGUACGCUUCCUUUUCUUUCUUCUCUGUUUUCCUCUCUUUAUCUGUUUUGUUAUUACUAGUAGAGCUAUAAUUGCUUUUGUCAAUUCAUUCUAUUUUGAAAAUCCAUUUUACAAUACCAA